AAGCGAUCCCAAUACGCACGUCCAGGUGCUGAUGUGCUCCUGCGAGAGGAAGCAGCCGUGUUCAGCUACGCAGGCUUGAUGAGAGCCGCCCGCAGCACACGCGUGCGCCUGUCGUGAGCUAGCGCCGCCCUCUGCCGCGCAGGAGCUCGCAGCCGUGCGUGACGCAACGCCUGGACCCAGCGUCGAUCCGGCUUCCCUGAUCUUCGCCUGUCGAUGCAAUCGUCCUCACGACUUCUGUAGCAUGCCCGCUUCCGUUGACGUCGACUGCCAGCAGUCCGCCCGAGACCCCGCCCAGCCCAGCUACAUCUUCCGCGGCCACACUGCCCAAGUCCACAGUGUUGAGCUUCUGCGCUGCAACACGUGCCUGCUCACGGGCGACGCCGACGGCUGGGUCGUCUGCUGGAAAUUAGACACAAAGCGGCCUCUGGCUGUGUGGAAGGCUCACAAUGCUGCAAUCCUCGCCACCGCCGAAUGGGGCCCAGAGAAAGUCAUAACGCAUGGACGCGACAACACACUGCGCAUAUGGCAGCUGAGAGGCGGAUGUGCAGCCUACUCGACCGUGCUGCCCGCAGACGGAGCAGACACACACAGGCCAAAGCCGUGGUUGUUACACACUCUCCCGGUGAACACGCUCAACUUCUGCGCUUUCACAAUGUGCUAUCAGAGAAGUGAUGCUGCAAGCUCAGUUACCGCGUCCAACGAAACCAUCUACGUCGCCGUCCCAGGACGCGACGAUAAAAAGGCUGAAGUCUAUCAAUUCCCAGAAGAGAAGCUGAUAUGCGCGGUGCCAAGGAUCAACACCUCAGAAACAGGUAUGGUCAUGGCCGUAAAGCUCGUACACCAUCGACCCUCGAACAAUAUUCUGGUGAUCGCUGGAUACGAAGGCGGCUUCACAGCCGUGCAUCGAAUACCUCGUAACCGGACGGGAGUACGAGAUGCCGUACUAAGUGUGGCUCAAACCAUUUACCUUAGCCAGCCUCAUACCCAGCCCGUGCUUUCCAUUGAUGCGCUGCCUGAUGGCUCGACUUACUUCUCGUCAUCUGCAGAUGCCAUCAUAGCUGCGCACCGCAUCCCCCAUCUACCUCAUGACGAUGUCGAAUUCGCGUCUCCGGAAAAUUCCGUCUCCGCUGCAAAUAACUUGGAUCAAAACAUGAAAGCUAAUAUCAACGAAUUGACUGAAGAUGACCGUACAGCGAAUUCGUCCGGCGCAGUUCCCGGCGCAGCUGCUAUAUCUCCCAAGUCAUCCGAACCCGUAGACAGUGACACGGAGCCAGCCGAACCUCUGUCCUUUCCCAAAACACGCCGACCCACCAACCCAAAAUCACCCUCGGAUAUUUCAAAACCAGUCGGCCGCUCAUCCGGCCUCUCUGCUCUCCUCGCAUCAGCACCACCGCAGCAGAACCUUGCAGCCAUCCCUAGAUCCCCACCGCCCGUGACCAUCCAACCCCCGCACAAGAUCGCUAGUACCAAACACGCAGGACAGCAAUCCCUUCGUGUCCGCUCCGACGGCCGACUGCUAGUCACAGGCGGAUGGGACAGUCGUGUACGCGUUUAUAGCACGAAGACGCUGAAGGAGGUUGCAGUGUUGAAGUGGCACAAGGAGGGUGUUUAUGCGGUGGAUUUCGGAGUAGUACUAGGACAGGAGGACGUGGAGAAACCCGUGGAGGAGCAGAAGGCCCUGGAGGAAGGCGCGGAAGUGGUGAGGAGAGAGACGGGAUUGGCGAAGCUGCAGAGGCACAGGGAGGAGGCUGUGCAGAUGAAGCACUGGGUUGCUGCUGGAGCGAAGGACGGGAGGGUCAGUUUGUGGGAGGUCUUUUGAUGGUCUCUGGGAUGACUGUGUGGUGCGGUAGGUU